CGCUGUUCCUUUUCUCUGCUACUCCAGUGGCCUUCCUCCUCAAACUAAUCGACGGCUGUUUCUUUUUGGUCUCUGCAAUCUUCUCCGAUUCUUUCUCAGUUCCUAUCACUUGUCAAUCGCAGGUCAGCAAGCCCUCCUUUGACCUACCGCCGCGCCAUUGUUUCUCUCUUUAUAUAUAUUGCCUAAGCGCCUUUGCGUUCUGCUUUUUUCUGAUUUCAAUUUGGUUUAUUUGGGGUUUUGACUGGAUCGGAUUUGUGUGUUCGUCGAUCGAGCAGGAAGAUGGGUAGCUCCGGCGCGAACACAUUUAAGCUGGCGGAUCAUCCGAAGCUGCCGAAGGGGAAGACGAUAGCCCUGAUUGUUUUGGAUGGAUGGGGUGAGGCUAGCCCCGAUCCCUACAACUGUAUCCAUACUGCUGAGACUCCUACCAUGGAUUCCUUCAAGAAGACUGCUCCCGAGAAGUGGAGAUUGAUUAAGGCCCAUGGAACUGCAGUGGGUCUACCUAGCGAGGAUGACAUGGGCAACAGUGAAGUUGGUCACAAUGCACUUGGAGCUGGGCGCAUCUAUGCUCAAGGUGCCAAGCUUGUUGAUUUUGCCUUGGAAUCCGGAAAGCUUUAUGACGGGGAGGGUUUCAAGUAUAUCAAGCAAUCCUUUGAUAAGGGAACACUGCACCUCAUUGGGUUACUGAGUGAUGGUGGAGUUCACUCCAGGCUUGAUCAAGUGCAGCUGUUGCUUAAAGGUGCCGCUGAGCGUGGUGCCAAAAGGAUUCGCCUUCACAUUCUUACUGAUGGACGUGAUGUGAUAGAUGGUACAAGUGUUGGCUUUGUAGAAACCCUUGAGAAUGAUCUUGCCAAACUAAGGGAGAAUGGUGUUGACGCACUGAUUGCAUCUGGUGGAGGUCGCAUGUAUGUGACAAUGGAUCGUUACGAGAAUGACUGGAGUGUUGUGAAACGAGGGUGGGAUGCCCAAGUUCUUGGUGAAGCACCUCACAAGUUUAAGAGUGCAAUAGAAGCUGUGAAGAAGCUGAGGGAAACUCCCAAGGCCAAUGACCAGUAUUUGCCUCCUUUUGUUAUAGUUGAUGACAGUGGCAAGGCUGUGGGUCCAAUUGUUGAUGGUGAUGCAGUUGUCACAUUCAAUUUCCGUGCCGACCGUAUGACUAUGCUUGCAAAGGCACUCGAGUAUAAGGACUUUGACAAAUUUGAUCGUGUGAGAGUUCCUAAGAUUAAUUAUGCUGGUAUGCUCCAGUAUGAUGGCGAGUUGAUGCUUCCAAGUCAUUACCUUGUGUCUCCUCCCGAGAUAGAGAGGACUUCUGGUGAAUAUUUGGUGCACAAUGGUGUUAAAACAUUUGCCUGCAGUGAGACCGUCAAGUUUGGUCAUGUUACUUUCUUCUGGAAUGGAAACCGCUCAGGUUGUUUCAAUCCAGAAAUGGAAGAAUACGUUGAGAUUCCAAGUGAUGUUGGGAUCACAUUCAACGUACAACCGAAGAUGAAAGCAUUGGAGAUUGCAGAGAAGGCUCGGGAUGCUAUCCUCAGUGGGAAAUUCCAUCAGGUUCGUGUUAACAUACCAAAUGGAGACAUGGUGGGACAUACUGGAGAUGUUGAAGCUACAGUUGUUAGUUGCAAGGCUGCUGAUGAAGCCGUCAAGAUAAUGAUUGAUGCAAUCGAGCAAGUUGGUGGAAUUUUCGUAGUCACAGCAGAUCACGGAAACGCUGAGGACAUGGUUAAGAGGGACAAAUCUGGAAAGCCUCAGCUUGACAAGAAUGGCAAAGUCCAAAUCCUGACCUCCCACACUCUCCAGCCUGUUCCAAUUGCAAUCGGCGGCCCAGGGUUGGCACCUGGAGUGAGGUUCCGCAGUGAUGUUCCUACCGGUGGACUUGCAAAUGUUGCCGCAACUAUGAUCAAUCUCCAUGGAUUUGAGGCACCAAGCGACUACGAGACGACCCUCAUUGAAGUGGUGGAUUAAGUAGAGAGGAUUUUGAGAUAUGAACCAAUCUGCAGAACUUCUGGUUUACUUACUAGUUUACUGUUGAAUGUGUCAACUGUUAAACGCAAUCGUUGGAGAAUACCACCAUCAGGUGGGUAUUUGCCUUUUCCCAUUUUAGGUUAAAAAUAAGCCAUUUUUGACGGUAUCUACUGCCCUUCCAGGGCGGCUGUUAUUAGUCUCUAUAUUACUUCUGAUUAUCCUCCUUUAACUCCGAGACUUUAUUAUACCUGAGAAAAAGGGACGUAAAAUGCUGUUGGCCUUCUUUUUACUCUCGGCCGUCAUCUGGUUUUGAUGUUUGCCUGUUUGGGUAACAAUGUUUAUUUAUGUCUGAAAGAAAGAUAGGGAAGAGUGUUUAAUCGCCAUUAUAGCGCGGAACACCAUACUUUGUAAGGCAGAGUCUGGUGUUACAUCAAAUCACUGUAAGUUGAGAAUAGAGGGGAAAAAAUCCCAUAAUACACUUAUUAUUAAAAA